AUGGGUAUAAUUAGACGUUUUUCUUCACUUUCCUCAAAUAAUAAUAAUAUAAAAAAUAAAAAUUUAAAUUCAACAAAUACUUCAAUUUACCCUUUAAAAUCAUCUUUUGAUAAUGAAAAUAAUUUAAAAGAAGAGACUUCCUCUUCCUCUUCUUCCAAUUCUUCUUCUUCAAAGACAACAGAAAAAGUUGAUAAUUUAAAUAAACAAACAUUUGAUAUAAAUGCAAAUUUGGAAGCUUAUAAACAGAGAUGUAAAGCUUUGGAAGUGGAAAAUAAACGUUUAAUGUCUAAUUUGGGAAUAAUGAUUGAAAAUAACAAUAAAAAUAAAGAGGAACUUAAUCAAUUAAAAGAACAAAUGAUGCAACAAAAUAAUGAAAAACAAGAAUUACUUAAUUUAGUACAGAGAUUAAAUGCUGAUUAUGAAAAAGAACGGGAAUUGGCUAGAGAACUGCAAAGAGUGGGGCAAUUCAACAAUAAAGUUAUUCAACGAGAUAUUCAACGUUACCAAUCAAGAAUUGAAAGAUUGGAACAAAAAUGUGCCAAAAUGACUUCUGAAAGUGUUGAAUUAAAAAAGCUUUGUCUCUACUUGAGUAGACAACGACAAGCCCUUUGGGCUCAAUUAUCUAAUAUUGAAAAAACAAAAAAUAAUAGUGAAAUAGAGGGGGAUAUUAAUAGUAGUAAUACUUAUAAAUCUACUCAUGAUAUGAUUGAAAGUUGUAAUUCACAAUUUCAGCUUGAUGGAGUUAAAGAAAAUGCUCUUCAAUUAAUUUAUUCUGAUAUGCAAAGUUCUUAUCUUCUUGCCCAAUUGGAAGCUGCUCCACAUCGAAAAGGACAACAGCUCGAAAAAGAGGAAAAUGAAUAUUCAACUAUUCCUUGUUUUUGUUCCUCAACCGCUUCUUCAACAUUAACAAAUACAACCAAUUUUGGUUCUUCUUUUGGUUCAUCAUUUUCGGAUGAUACAACUACAAUUUUUGUUUUAGAUAAUGAUGGAAGGGAACAAUUUAAUAAUAAAAUUGAUUUAAACAACAUAAUUUUGCAAUCAUUACCUCAAUUACAAGUUCGCGAGCUUUGUACAAUAAAUGAAGAAAAAGAGUCAGAUAAUGAUAAUAAUGAAGAGACUAAUGAAUAUUUAAAUAUUCAAAAUAAUUGGAAAUUUAAAGAAAAUACAGAAAAUAUUUUGAAUGGAAAAAAUAGAGAAGAAUUAAAACUUGAAAAUUUUAAAAAUAAAAAUAAUAAUAGAAAUAGUAGUACUUCAACAACUUCAUCAUCAUCUUCUUCUGGGGCUUUUUCUGCCACUAGUAGUAAUGGAGAUGAAUUUAGAGGUGGAAAUGAAGAUAAAAGAGAAGAAGAUGAAGAAGAAGAAAAUGAUUAUUUACCCCCAGAAAUGCCUUUAUUAAAACAGGAACCCCAACAACGUUCAUCUAUUAAUACCUCAACAAUUUCAUUAAUUGGACGGCCAUCUUCUUGUAUGGAAACAAAUAAUAUUUUAAAUAAUUUUGAAGAAUACCAAUUAAAUACUACUAGUAGAUCAACACUUCCACGUGUUAAUAAUAAUAAUUCUUCAAAUAUUUUCCCGUUAAUUGGAACUAAAGGGCGAUUAUCACCUCCUCCUAGACGUAAAAUGGAGUUUUUGCCUAAUGAACAACAACAAAAAUUAUUACUUGAUGGUAAAAUACUUGGAGGCCCUCCUAUGCGUAUUAGAAUUCGCCCUCCACCUACAAACUCAACAAUUCAAAUGCCACAACUUAUUAAAAAAGAUUUACACAUAUCUAAUAAAAAUAAUAUUAUAACGGCAUUAUAAAUAAUACAAUGAAAAUCUAACAAAAUAUUAAUAAAAUUAAUGUAACUAUCUGGGCAAAAAAAAAUUUUUUUUAAUUUCUGGUAAAAUAUUUUUUGUGUCGUUUAAAAAAAAUAACCGGAACCAGGGUCACCAAAAAUCCUAAGCCAGAAAUUCCGAGAAAAACAGAUAUAAAGCGAUAACCCUAAAUUCCAUCCAAAAAAUGCUGUUUGAUAAAACUUAACAAUAUAAUUUAUACUAGUAAAUGCACCG